AGAGAGAGAGAGAGAGAAGCUGGAAAAAGAUUUCUCAAAACACAAAAAGAAAGAAACGGAGACAAAGACUUAAGAAGUUAGAUUUUCAUCGUUGGAGGAGUAGCUAAACAGAGAUGAAGACAGUGUCUCCGCCUCCAGUGAUCCAAGCAGGGGAAGGGAGGAAACUGUCCAGAGCUGAGUUUUUGUCCCUCUUGAACACCUACAACUGCUACCUAAAGGACCAGUCUCAGCUGCAUCUCACCUAUUUUCAGGGGGAUGAUGGAGAGGUGACAGUGGAGGGGUUCCUCAACAUCUCUUGGGGAGUACGAAGACCAAUCAGACUGAAAAUACAGGAUGAUAAACAGAUAUUUCCCUUUGAGCCCCCGACUACAGCUGAUCCCACCAGUCCAAUCAGUCCUGUGGGCAGCACAAGCACUAUGUCCCGAUGGGGAGAAUACAGUGAGCUUAACCAGAUAGAUGAGAUGGCAGAGAUAGAGGCGGCACAGGAAACCGUCAUCAAAGAUCCUUUACCUGGUCCUCCUGUUUAUGAGACUGCCACUCUUCGUCCUGUGAGGCUUAGAAGCCACGAGCCGGAGCCGGAGUCCAACCUGGUUCGCUGCAUGAGCGAUGCCUCGCUGGUGAAGAGGAGGAGGGGAAAGGGAAAAUCUGCAGCACAAAGGGAGAAAGAAAAACAACAUCGCUUUUCUAUCAACGGGCACUACUAUAACUAUAAAACGUCCAUAUUCACUCCCUCUUUUGGGACUUCGACUAAAGUUCGCAUCUCUAGCAGGAUGACCACAGACCAAGUCAUCGAACAGCUGCUCAGCAAAUUUAAGAUAGAAAAUAAUCCCCAGGAGUUUGCACUGUACUGUGUUCACCAGAGUGGAGAAAAGAAAAAGCUGAGUCAGCGAGACCAUCCACUGUGGGAACGAAUACUGCAGGGUCCCUCUGAAAACAUCACCAAGAUCUUCUUGAUGGACAUGCAUGAAGAGGAAGUCAGCAAUGAUGUGGCUCAGUAUCUGAAUCUGGAGCUCCCCAUAUUGGAUCAGGUUCUUCUUCAACUCAAAGAGGAGGAAAACAGAGAGAUCCAAAGGGUCAUCAGCAAGUACCAACAUCAACACAGACUUCUGUCUCAUAUGCUGAACUUUAAGAUGUCCCCUCACAUAGAAACCAGUGUCUGACCAUCUCUGAACUCAAUUACUGAAAGGAAGAAAGACUGUCUAUGGGGACCUUUUUCAUUCAUCACAAAAUGUGGAUCGUGAUUAAUAUUUUUGGAAUAUAUCAACAAAAACCAUCACAAACAAUACAGAAAAUAAUCCAGUUUCAAGUCCUACAGAAGGAAUCAAAUGUACCAAUGAUGUUUUGUUUGUUUUGUUUUACUGUGAAUUAUGCAAUUGUAAAUGUUGAUGCCAAUAUGACUAAAUCAGAUGCCCACUGAAUUAAAACAUUGCUGGAUGAUAUAA